CAUACAUGUAUGUUAGGUUAUCCAUCAUUGAAAAAACUCCUUUUUAUUCUUCCUUGUUAUUCCCACAGACUAUUUCAGAAAAAUAAAAUUUCGCAUCUACCAGAGAAACAAUUGUCUGGCUUAUCAGUGUUGAAGUAUUUGGACUUGAGUGAAAAUCGUCUCUUCCGAAUGCCAGUGGGUGCAUUUGCCAACGUUUCUUUACUACGUACUAUGAAGAUUGAUAGGAAUUUUAUAAGGACCUUACCUGAUGGAAUGUUUGUGAAUAUGUUAAAUCUACAGACUUUGGACUGUAGUUUCAACUUGAUCGAAGAUAUUUCGUCGACGACCUUGGCUUCACUGACGUCCUUGACAACAUUGAGCCUGAGACGAAAUCGUAUAAAGAUGAUUGAUAAGGACGCGUUUAACGAGACCAGAAACUUGGAACAUUUGUACCUUCAACAGAAUUUACUGGAAGAGCUACCUGACAAUAUAUUCGUUGGUUUAUCGAAGCUUAAAAUAUUGCUCCUAAAUGACAACAAGAUUCAAAGAUUGACUUCCAAGACAUUAGCUGGACUGUCCUCCUUGGAGAAAUUGAAUUUGAGUCACAAUUCUCUUAGUUUGCAAGAUUUUUCACCAGAGGCUUUUAACGCACUAACCAGCGUGAAGGAACUUUACCUUGAUGAAUUUAUCCUUUGUUGUUAUGCCGAAAAAGCAGCGCCCGGUGUCCAUUGCGUCUCACCAAAAGAUGAGUUCUCCAGCUGCUCUGACUUGAUGAAAAACAAAGCCGUUCAAGUUUGUGUUUGGAUUCUGGGGCUUACCGCCCUUGUUGGAAAUCUUUUUGUCAUCUUGAUGCGAGUAAUUGUGAAAGAAGAUAACAAAGUACACUCUUUUCUUUUGACAAACCUGGCAAUUUCAGAUCUACUCAUGGGCGUCUAUUUGCUCAUCAUUGCCUUCCAAGACGUACAGUGGCAAGGUGAAUACUUUAAACAUGACAUUGACUGGAGGACUGGAAAAAUGUGCGAAUAUACUGGCGUCCUGUCGAUGAUUUCAAGCGAGGUUUCUGUGCUUAUGCUGACGCUCAUCACAACUGACAGGCUCAUCUGUAUUGUUUUUCCGUUUAAAGUGAGACGAAUAAAUCGAAAAUUUGCUUACAUUUUUGUAGCCGGGAUAUGGGUUUUUGGAACAUUGAUAGCCAUUAUUCCAACAUUUGGGUUGGAAUUUUUCUAUGACAAGGAGCGAAAUGUUGGAUUUUAUGGAAAAUCAGCUGUGUGUCUUCCUCUCCAUCUCUCGUCAGAACGGCAAGCUGGUUGGGAAUAUGCCGUGGGGAUUUUCAUCGGAUUAAACUUUGCCUCAUUCGUUUAUAUUCUUGCUGCUUACACAAUUAUGUUCUUCACAGUGAAAAGAGUUUCAAAGCAAGUCAGGUCCACGAAUAUGAACAGAGAAUCGCAAAUGGCAAAAAGAAUGGUUUUCAUCAUCUUAACCGAUUUCCUGUGCUGGAUGCCUGUCAUCAUUAUUGGAAUUUUGUCUCUAUGCGGACAGUUUCACGAUCCUGAAAAACAAGCCUACGUGUGGAUUGCGGUAUUUGUCCUUCCAGUCAACUCAUCUAUAAACCCCAUACUUUACACAUUCUCAACUCCAAAGGUCAGGAGAAAAGUCACUGAAAAGGCGGAAGCAAUGAGCAGUUUUUUUGGAAGAACAGUGCGAUGGCCGCGAAGCACUUCGUCUUCAGUGCAACAAAGUGUACUACCUAGUUUAUUACAUCGCGGAAACAGUAUUGUCCCAAGCGAUUCUCAGUCAACCGUCAAAUCAAGUUUGAGUCCAUCUCCAAUUCCAACCUCAUCAGCUCGGCCGUUAGAUGAGAUACCACAAUGUGAGAAACCUGAAACUGAUUUGAAGCUGAUCGAAACACCAAAAGUGUUCCCGGAUGAGACCUCAUUUUCAGUGGGAUUUGUUGUAGCGUGGUCGGGAAAUAAAAAUGAUAUGGCCAUGCGACUGAUUAAAUAUUUCUCAAACGCUCAGGAAGACGCUUGGAGGAAAGAGACCGAAUUAGUCAAAGAACUGAGUGAUGGAGACGGACACGCUAACAUUCUCAAAUAUUGCUGGCAUGCUCGAGCUGAUGAAUGUGUGUUAAAUUACAAGCGGAAGAGUUUUCCUCGUUUCAAGAAAAGUUCAUUUUUGCUGUGUUACGACUAUGCGUCAAGUGCGACGUUGGACGAGUUUUUGCGAAACAGCAGAAUCACAUUGAACUUAGAUGUGGUUUUAGCAGUGGCCAUCGACUUGAUCUAUGCAAUACACUAUAUGGAGCAAAAAGGUGUUGUCCAUAACAAUAUCACAACAGCCAACGUCUUAAUCGGAAGAGGACAAAGGGUGCCCCCAAUAAAAGCAGUUUUGGGAGGAUUUGGCUCGGCUCAGAGGGUCGCUCAAGAUUUUCCAGAAUACGCAAAAAAUGGGCACGCGGUAAUGGACAUUUUAGGAAAGAACAUCCUUCAGUUUGGGUUUAUAAUGGCUGAGUUAAUAAAGAGCUACCUCGGGACUGAAGAUAUUUGGGAGCUUCAGGAAGUGAUGCAUUUGUGUUUUGAACAAGACCCGGAUGUUCGACCAAACGCCUCCCAAAUUCGAGACCUCCUGGAGGAGCUGUGGUAUCGCAAUGACAUCUGGGAUACAGCAUUGUGAUUCUCUAUAGUUAGAAAUGAAUCACAGCUCAUUUCGGAAGCCGUGGUGGGAUUGGGAUUGGUGGGAUUCGUGACUUGUGAGGCCUGCAUGCGGCUCUGUGGCUUGUUAACUCCCUGUGAUAAAACUUUGUUGGUCUGAUGAGUGCCUUUGUUUUUAUCCAUUUUUUGUCUUUCAGUCAGUAGUUAGUAGUGUUGAAAAUUUUGUUGGCCUGUUGUGUGCC